UGGUGCUGGCAGGAUGUCUCUGCGUUUUUCAGCUCCCCGAGAUAGGCUCAGCCAAGUCCAGCCGCGUGAGGACAAAUUUUAAACUCAGAGUUGGUGAUGUGGGUAUCAAACCCAUUGGACGGUAUACGCCCUACAGUCAAGUUCGAAUCCCUCCCACGGCCAAUUUUAAGUCAGGCGAAGGAGAGCGUUACUAUCGACAUGCCAAGGGUGCCCGAAUUACCAAGGCCUCUCAUUUUGACCAUGAAUAUCAACUCGGCCACAAGAUUACCUUCAUAUGUGUGGCCAGAGGAAAGCCCAGGCCCAAGAUCACUUGGUUCAAGGACGGAGCAGAGCUCUAUUACCACAACUUCCUUCACAUUACAGAGUAUCAAUUUGGCAAAGGACGAAUCAAAUCCAAAAUGGAAAUUGACCCUGCCACUCAGGGAGAUGCAGGGAUUUAUGAAUGCCAUGCAAAUAACAAAUGGUCCGUGGAUAUGAGGAGUUUUCGCACAGAUUACAGCAUUUUGCUAGAUUAGCAAGCCUUUUAAAAGAAAAACAACUUUAGACAGAUAAGGAUAUAUAAGAUUUGAAAUAUAUGUAUUCAAACAAACAAA